ACUUUGAUACACACUUCAGGAAGUGUGUAUGAUUAGCCCCGCCCCUCCGCCCAUCCAGCCAAUGCGAAUCGUUCUUCUACUGCAGCAAGGCGGGUUUCUGUGCAACGUCAUCGCAGAUGUGCGCGCGCAGCCAGGGGGCCGAAAGCAGCAUUUGUCAUUUGUUUACCAGCGGAGUCAGCGGAGAACGAAAAUGACAAGGAGCUGUUGUGCUGUAAACUGCACGAAUCGGCAAAAGGAUGGAAGGAAACUGUUUAAUAUCCCGAGAGGAUCUCAUCCUUUUGCCAAGAGAAGAAGAAGAUUGUGGCUCCAGGCCAUUAAAAGGGCGGAUUGGGGUCCCGAAGGUCCUAAAGGCGGCGAGAGUCUGUGCAGCGCCCACUUCGUUUCUGGUAUGUUUGUCUUUUCCAACAUGAGCUGGAUAAUGAGUAGGACUGCGUGUGAUUUUACCAUACUUAAUGAGGAUAUAUUAGUGUGAUUUACUGACUAACUGGCCAACAAAUUUGUCCGUCUUCUACUGAGUUUGUAAAGUUUAACGUUGGCUCGCGGUCGUAACCUAUAAGUUUAGCUUUUGUUGUUACUGUAAGUACCAACAUUAGCUGCAUGGCUGGUGUAGGUUUCUUGGUUCAGGCUGAAAGUCAUACAAGAAAGUGUCUUCACAGUUCACACAGCUAAUGUUACAGUGUACGAUUUUCUUUAACUCUGAACCCGUAACUUAAAUGCUUGUGCUAUUGGUGCUCAUUAUGACUGAGCUCGUAAAUUAGCAAAUAGGUUAAAAAAUGUGAAAAUAAACAAUAAGCAUAGCUAAUCUCAUUCUUUUUCUCAGGGUCACCGUCCAUGGAUUGUGAUAGUCCAGAUUUUGUUCCAUCCGUUUUUUCACACAGCAGCAACAGAGACAUCUCGGGAAAGGUGGCAAGAUAUGAAAGAAAGAGAAUAAGAGAUGAAGAUAAGGCCCCUGCUACCUGCCCCACAAGCCAGCCUGAAGCAGAUACUGUAGAUUAUUCUGAAGAUGAAUGUAAGUUUGUGUCCAGAAAAGAGAUGCACCAACUCAACCUGCAGUACAACCAGCUCCGUGAUGAUUAUGAAGCUCUGAAAAGAGAACUGUAUGCCACACAGGAAGAAAAUAAACAUCUGAAGGAGCAACUGAAGCAGUCCAAGUUUGGGUUUGAUUCCAUAAAAGACACAAAUGCUAAAAUAAUUUUUUUUACUGGUUUACAAUCAUUACAAAUGGUUAUGUGGCUGCUGGAUAUUGUAAAAAGAAGCACACUUGUGCUUAAGGGUGGGUUAAGUUGGGAGAACCACCUCCUUUUGGUUCUAAUGAAAGUAAGACUUGGACUCACCAACAGAGACCUUGCCUACAGAUUUGGGCUUCCAUUCUCAACUGUAUCAAAAAUACUAAGAGACUGGAUACCCAUGUUGUCCUCAAUAGUGAAACCUUUGAUAAUGUGGCCUAGUAAGGAUGCAGUGAGAGCAAACAUGCCAAAGUGUUUUAAACCCAAAUUUAGGAAUUGUCGAUGUAUUAUAGACUGUACUGAAAUCUUUAUAGAAAGAACACACAAUCUUAAAGCAAGGGCUGAAACCUGGUCAAAUUAUAAGCACCAAAACACAAUGAAAUAUCUAAUAGGAAUCACACCAGCAGGAGCUAUAUCUUUUUUGUCUAGUGGGUGGGGAGGUCGUGCCUCUGACAAGGUAAUAACUUUAGAUUCUGCCUUUUUGGGUAAACUUGAGCAUGGUGACGAGAUCCUUGCAGAUAGAGGUUUCCUUGUUAGAGAGGAUUUGGCCAGUGUAGGAGCAACAUUAAGAAUACCAAGUUUCACGAAGGGGAAAUCUCAAUUGCCAGGUUCUUGUGUUGACACUUCACGUCAGUUGUCAAGAGUCCGCAUACAUGUGGAACGAGUUAUUGGUCAGCUUAAAACCUUUAAGAUACUGAACACUGUCAUACCCAUCAGCCAAGUCGAUAUGCUAGAUGACAUUUUGACCAUAUGUGCUGGUCUUACGAACCUUAGGGGGGCUGUGGUGGCCCGGCGAUAACUGUGUUCAGAGUCAAGGAGGUGUACAUUAUUUUCCAUGAUUGUGUCAGGCUUUUAAGGGCUAAUGAGGGCAAUGGUGGUCACUUACUACUUGCUCUCACUGUCUCUCUCACUUACUCAUCACUCUCUUUCUCUCUGACUAUAAAAUUAAUAACAGUUAUGAAUAACUAAAUUUGAUCAGACAGGAUCAUUCAGAGUACAAAAAGGUUGAGAACCACGCACGCAGAACUAUUUCAUUUAUUUAUGAUAAUGGAGAAACUGCGUUUAAAGCUGACAUGGCAAAUAUUGAACAUGAACUGAAUGUUGUAAAUGCAAUAUAUUGAAGGCAAUGCAAUUAAAAUUAAAUGUACAUCUCAACAAUGAAUGAGUGUACAUAAUUAAUACUAUAUGAACUCAUUUAACAUUUAUACCUGGUCAUUUUUUUUUUCUAGCUUUCAACUAAGUUUUGAGUAUUAUCAUUGUCUGCCGAACUCAAACUGCACUUCUUUCUGGAGAUGAACAAUAUAUAUCAGUGCUGUUUGUGAUUUUACGUAAAUGUACAUUCAGAAAAAAAUAAAUGAACACUUAAAGCGUCAGAUGUGUUGUUUGUUUGUUGUUGUGUUGACAGUAAUGAAGUCAGUUAGAUUUUGUCAGGUGUACCUAUCCAUCUUGCUCAUUACAUCAGUUUUUUCUUAAAUGCUGUUGUCCAGCAUCCAGUAUUUAUAUGCACGCAAACUGUCCUUAGUGUACACACUAGGCUUCUCAAUCAGAUAACUGUAUAUGUCGGGCCAUGAGCUGGCCAUUUGGACAUAUCUGCAAUCCAUUCCUCACUCGGAAUACUAUAUGGGUCUGGUAAUUUCUCACCAGUGCUGAGGACCAGUUUGUUCAGGUAAUCGGUGAAGUCUGAGCUGCUGAGGCUGUUGAGAUGUAAUUAGUCUGAGCCAUCUCUGUCAAGACCUAGCUAACAAGCUG